AUGUCGUACACUUACAGAGACCGCAAACGAGACUGGGACGAGACCCGUCCCGUAACAAUCAAGCGCUACGUCAUCUCUCCUGAAGACGACCGUCGAGACUUCAUGUCGAGACACGAUGACUCUUUCGGCGGCGAGCGCGAGCUGGUGAUCCGGCGCAAAACGGAUCGUGAAGAGCCUGUGACCGUCUCGCGAUACGAGCGAGAGGUGGAGUAUGAGCCACCCACACGCUACGAGAGAGACUACUACGAUCGUGAGUACUUACAUCCCUACACCUAUCGUCCACAUUCCCGGUCCAUGGAUUCCCUGGAACGAAUGGAGCAGUCCCCUACUGCUACUACCAUUGCCACCCGAAAACAAUCCGUACUUAUUCGUGAAGCCCGCAAUUCGCAUAUCAGUCCCCGUGAAUCCGACUAUGACGUCGUGCGCCGCUCCGAGGCCGACGAAGACCCAUAUUACUACCACCGUCACCGUCGACUCCGCGAGUACGACGAACAUCGCUCACGACGUGAGCUGAGCCCUGAUGAUUCCGUUUCCCAGACUAGUCGCCGUCGUCGCGGUGAUCGUGAUCAUGACUACAGCAGCGAUGAUAGCAUGGUCUACAUCCGAAAGGAAACCCGCGACUAUGACGAUCACCCUCACCACCGCCGUCAUAUGGCAGAGGGUGCAUUGGUAGGUGCUGGUGCGGCCGAAUUGCUCCGCAGCCGCAGCAAGAAAGAUGGGGAAGUCAGCCAUGGCGCCAGCCGCAUUGGUAAGACUCUUGGUGCAGGUGCUCUUGGUGCAGUCGCUGUGAAUGCUGCAUCGCAUGCUCGCGACUACUACCACCGUAGCAAGAGCCGCCAUCGUUCUCACUCCUUUGAAGAUGACCGUUCUUCCCAUCGUCACAGCAGACAUGGCCGGAGUCGUCACGGCCUUGGUGCUGCGGCCUUGGCUGCUGGUGUGGCUGCAUUGCGUAGCAAGUCGAAAGGUGGAGACCGUAAAAGCCGGUCCCGCACUCGCUCCCGUUCUCGGGCUGCUAGCCGGGGUCGUUCAGAGAAGGAUGGAGAGCAUGGUGAACGAAGCAUGUCUGAACGCCGCAAGCACAUGGCUGGCGCUGGUCUGGCCGGUGCGGCCGUGGCUGGCCUGGUUGAAAAGGUCCGCAGCCAUUCGCGCUCUCGAAAGGGUGAGCGCUCCCGUUCCCGCAGCCGUAUGAGACAAGCUCUUCCUAUUGUGGGUGCCGGUCUUGCUACUGCUGCUGCCACCGGCCUCUACGAGAAGCAGAAGAGUGACAAAGAUGAAAAGGAGGGUUCGAGCCGGGGCCGCCAUCGCUCAAGGUCUCGCAGCCGCGCCCCGUCACAGUCUUAUCCCGACCCAGCUCGCGACUCGGCCGGUCUGAUCGAAUACGGCAACGACCCAGUCACAGGUAGCAUUCCAUCCGAGCACUACUACGGCCAGCCCGGUGCACCCUACUACGAAGCACAGGAAGCCUACGGUCCCAGACGUCAUAGCCGCAGUCGCAGUCGCAGUCGCAGCCGAGCCCGCUACACCAGCUCAUCUGAUUCCGACCGCGAAGGUCGCCGCCGACGAAGCAAGAAGCACCGCAGCCGCUCGCGAGACCUCGCGAGUGCUGCCCUGGGCGCAACAGGGCUCGGCUAUGCCGCACACAAGUACAACGAGCGUCGCAAGUCCAAAGAGCGCGAACGCGAACACUCUAGUAACAUGAUGACGUCCACCGUGAUCCUUAUGAAGAAUCCUACGACCCAGAACCAUACCCGCCUUCCCCGCAAAGAGCCCAUGGCCCCCCGCCCAUGGCUGACCCCCCACUACUACCCCAACAGCAACUAUUUCCCCCCACCCCCGGGCGACUCAACCUAUAACCUGGGCGGCGGUACCCCUGUUUCCUACAACCCGGCAGACUACCCUCCUCCACCUGGCGCUGCCCCGCCCCAGCCUUACGCAUACGGCGCUGUGCCACCAGGAGGGAUGGGACCCGAUCAAUACGCACCUCGGCCACGUAGGGCUGAAGACAAUGUGAGCAGCUCCACCCUACCUACUGAUGCCAAUCAUGUGCACAAAGGUCUAAACAUCCACCCCUUUCCAACGUCUCCACCCCGGUCAAGUAGCCAACCGCCACAAGUCUCGAAAUCCGUCGCUUUCGACCUGACGGAGUCACCGCGGGAUCCUGGCUACGAAACCGAUGAUAGUGACUCUACCGUUGAACCGUACUCAUCUUCGCAUCGUGGAGAUAGAAGCCACCGUCGCGAUCGAGAUCGGGACCAUCAUCAUAGCCGCCGCUCCUCAUCCGUUCCCUAUCCACCUAUGCCCUACCCUAGUCCUGCUUCCCCAGAUUACUACUCUUCCCAUCCUGCUUCUAGUCACCACCGAAAUCAUCCAUCAGCUCCAAAAUCCCAGGAGGGAAGAGACCAGAACAAAGUCUCUGAAACAGAUUCUGACUCAACCAUCGACCUACCUAACCGCUUUGACGGGCAAGGCCGUCUUCUUCCUGAGCGGGAUCCUGCUGUGGAUAAAUUUGAGGAUCUGGUGAACAGGUUUACCAAAGUUCUGUUCUAG